UUGUUCGUCGCGUUAAACGCAGAAGACAAAGGAAAAAUCCGAGUGGGAGCAAAUGAGCUCGUGACUCUUCAAAUUCCAGUUGAGUCAUUUGCGGUUCUGUCAGAGAAUGGCGCAUUUAUACAUUUAUUUCGUGCAAACGUGGAGCUUGGGCUUUUUCUUUGUCUCGGUCGGAUGCGCACACGGAGACCUCAGCUAUUCUGUUCAAGAGGAGCUGAAACGCGGAUCUGUCAUUGGAAAUUUGGCCAAGGAUCUCGGACUGGAUGUGGGGACAUUGUCUGCUCGCAAAGCUCGUGUUGACAUGGAAAAAAACAACAGGCAGUAUUGCGGAAUCAACCUCCGUACAGGGGAUUUAACGGCUGCGGACCGAAUUGACCGCGAGGAGCACUGCGGGGAGAAGCCUUCGUGCGUUCUGAAAUUCGACCUGCUGCUGGAGAAUCCUUUGGAAUUGCACCGUUGGUCUUUGCAAAUUCAGGAUGUGAAUGAUAAUUCUCCCACUUUCUCCAAAGAUUUCAUCAAGCUGGAAAUAAGCGAGUCCGCUGCCAAAGGAGCAAAAUACCGCAUUAAUGCAGCUCAUGACUUGGAUAUUGGAACUAAUUCCGUUCAAAACUACAUUUUGCAGCCAAACUCCAAUUUUGUGUUUCGCAUUCAAACAACCAACGAUGGCAGUAAAUACGGUGAGCUGAUUUUAGAAAAGGAGCUGGACAGAGAAGAGCAGCAGGAAAUGAAAUUAUUGCUGACGGCCGUGGAUGGUGGUUCUCCUCAGCGAUCUGGUACUGUGGUCAUACAUGUCGUCGUACUCGAUGCCAAUGACAACGCCCCAGUUUUCACUCAGGCUGUUUAUACAACCUCUGUGAAAGAAGACGCAGGCCUGAAGACCGCAAUUAUCACCGUGAGCGCAUCGGACGCAGAUGAAGGAAUCAACGGAGAAGUCACAUACGAGUUUAGCCGGCUUUCUGAAAAAGCGAGAAAUAUGUUUUCACUCGAUCAGAAAACUGGAGAAAUUGUUGUGGCGGGCGAAAUAGAUUAUGAAGAUGCAACAAGCCAUGAAGUUUUUGUUGAAGCCAAAGACGGUUAUGGUAUUACCUCUGAGGCAAAAGUCAUUAUUAACAUCAAUGACAUCAAUGACAACGCCCCGGUGAUAAAUAUCAAGUCGCUGACCGACCCGGUGGCGGAGAACGUGCCGCCCGGCACCGAGGUGGCCAUCGUUCACGUGCAGGACAGAGACUCUGAGCGGAACGGGCAGGUCCGCUGCUCCGUCCGACGAGACGUCCCCUUCCGCUUAGUUCCUUCCAUCAAGAACUAUUAUUCUCUGGUGACGAGCGGCCGGCUGGAUCGCGAACUGGUGUCCGAUUACAACAUUACAAUCGGCGCCAGCGACGAGGGCUCUCCUCCUCUGUCCUCCCGGAAAAGUCUUCGCCUGUCCGUCGCCGACGUCAACGACAACCCGCCCGCGUUCGAGCGAGAGUCCUACAGCGCCUACGUGAGCGAAAACAACGAAGCCGGCUCGGCUUUGUGUCGGGUGAGCGCCCGAGACCCCGACCGGAGACAGAACGGCACGGUGGUUUAUUCUCUGUUGGCGGGCGCCGAGGUGAACGGCGCCCCGGCGUCCUCCUACGUAUCGGUGGACGGAGACACGGGGGCCGUCCGCGCCGCGGGCUCCUUGGAUUACGAAGACUUGAGGAGUUUUCGAGUCCACGUGGUGGCCAGAGACAAGGGUUCUCCUCCGCUGAGCAGCAACGUGAGCGUCAGCGUGUGGAUACGGGACGUGAACGACAACUCUCCUCAGAUACUGUACCCCGCCCCGGAGGGCGACUCCUUCGUGACCGAGCUGGUCCCCAAAGCUGCGCACGGAGGCUCCGUGGUGUCCAAAGUGAUAGCGGUGGACGCCGACUCCGGACAGAACGCCCGGCUGUCCUAUCAUAUAGUCAAGUCCACGGAUCCGGGACUUUUCGCCAUCGGUCUCCACAGUGGAGAGAUCAGGACCCGGCGGGACAUUUGCCAAUCUGACGGCGUGAAGCAGAACCUGAUGGUGGCGGUGAAAGAUAACGGACAGCCCCCUCUCUCCGCCACCUGCUCCGUGUUUUUACUUCUUUCCGAUAACUUUGCCGAGUUGCCGGAACUCAUGGACGUUUCCUCCGACGAGCGGGAGAAGAAUUCCAAAGUCACCUCUUAUCUGACGGUGGCGCUGGUGUCCGUGUCCGCCUUCUUUGUGACCUUCAUGGCGGCGGUCCUGGCUGGGAGCUUUUGCCGCAGGAGAAAGCCCAGACUGUCGUCGGACGGAGCGGUCGCCGUCCCCGGCGCGUACCUCCCUCCUGAUUACGCAGAUGUCGACGGCGCGGGAACUUUACGCGGCGCCUACGACUACGACGCCUACUUGACGACGGGCUCCAGGACCAGCGACUUCAACUUUGUGCGUUCUUACGACGACGACACGCUGCCCGCUGACCGCGCGCUCGCGAAGAGUCCCAGCGACUUCGAUGACGAGCUUCGCGAUUCUUUCGACCCACUCUGA